AUGAGUUUGCGAACAAGGCCCAAUUUGCAAUACCAUUAAUGCAAGUCUCGCGCUCUUAAACCAGGCAAGACGAGACAAUAACCUCAAAAAGCAUAUGCCCUCUGUUCUCUUCCACAUUAAGAUUGAUGCUCAUAUUUUAUUUGAAGUAUCAUCCGCACAAGCAAAACCAGGAAGGCUGAAAAGGAUAUAGAGGCAAGCCUGUUACAUAAAAACAACAGAAAAAUCAAAAGGCAUUUGGAAGUUUGCUUACAGAUAUUUCUACUCCGGAUAGAUAUGUUACAUUGAAGGGUUAUGAUUUUUUUGGGGAAUAAUCUUAUCUUCCCCCAACACCUGGUCUCCUUGCUUGGUCCAAAAUUAAAGCUUUCAAUCCUCAUACUCCAAAAACUUUUCGAGCAAACAGAGCUCUAUCUGUUGGGCGCCAACUCGAACCAGUUCAACAUGGCCGCCUCCACUUCCAACUCCCCCUCAUUCUCCCUGCAAAACAAUGUCCACAGAACAAGCUUCCUUCCAUCAACGGAUGCAAAACUCCACAGUACGAAUCUCAAUUUUCCAUUUUUAUUGCCCACAAGAAAAACUCUAGCUGGAAAAUCUUCGAGCACCGCGAGGUACUACAGUGAAGCAGUGGUGGACGAAGAAAUUGACAGAAUCCGGAGGCUUCAAAACGGGUCGGACGUUCGCGGGGUGGCGGUGGAAGGCGAGAAGGGGCGGACGGUGGAUCUAACGCCAGCGGCCGUGGAAGCCAUUGCGGAGAGCUUCGGGGAGUGGGUGAAAAGCGGGUCGGAGAGCGAAGGGGUGGAAAAGGUGAGGGUGUCGGUGGGGCGGGAUCCUCGAAUCUCCGGGGCGUCGCUGAGCGUAGCAGUGUUCGCCGGCCUCGCUCGCGCCGGCUGUUCGGUGUUUGAUAUGGGACUGGCGACGACGCCGGCGUGUUUUAUGAGCACACAGCUGCAUCCAUUUGCUUAUGAAGCGUCAAUAAUGAUGACAGCCUCUCACUUGCCCUACACUCGUAAUGGUCUGAAAUUUUUUACGAAGAAAGGGGGGUUGAGCUCACCAGAGGUAGAGGAGAUAUGCGAUAGAGCUGCCCGCACGUAUGCCAACAGGCUUGCCAAAGUGUCCAUCACCCUCCCCACUCCUCCCGCCAGAGCUGAUUUCAUGGCCGCUUACGCGCAGUACCUCAGGGACAUCAUCAAGACGCGAGUUAACCACCCCCUCCACUACGACACUCCCCUCCAAGGAUUUCAGAUAAUUGUGAACGCUGGGAACGGAUCAGGAGGCUUCUUCACAUGGGAUGUGUUAGACAAGCUGGGAGCAGACACCUUCGGCUCUCUUCACCUAAACCCAGACGGAAUGUUCCCCAACCACAUCCCCAACCCUGAGGACAAAACCGCCAUGUCCCUCACCAGAGCGUCUGUCCUUGAAAACUCCGCCGAUCUAGGAAUUGUCUUCGACACCGACGUCGACCGCAGCGGCGUGGUGGACAGCGCCGGCAACCCCAUCAACGGGGACAGGCUGAUCGCGCUCAUGGCCGCCAUUGUUUUGCGGGAGCAUCCGGGAACCACCGUGGUGACCGACGCUCGCACGAGCUUGGCGCUUACUCGGUUCAUCACCGACAGAGGCGGCCACCAUUGCUUGUACCGAGUUGGCUACCGGAAUGUCAUAGACAAGGGAGUUCAGCUUAACAGAGACGGCGUCGAAACGCAUCUCAUGAUCGAAACAUCUGGGCACGGCGCUCUCAAAGAGAAUCAUUUUCUCGAUGAUGGGGCUUACAUGGUGGUAAAAAUAAUCAUUGAAAUGGUUCGCAUGAAGUUGAGAGGAUCAGAUGAAGGCAUUGGUAGUCUAAUAAAAGAUCUUGAACAGCCAUUAGAGUCUUUGGAGCUAAGAAUGAACAUCAUAUCUGAGCCUAGACAUGUAAAGGCAAAAGGCACCGAAGCAAUUCAAACAUUCCAAGAUUACGUUCAGGAAGGACGGCUUGAAGGGUGGGAGCUAGACUCUUGUGGUGACUGUUGGGUUAGUGAAGGUUGCCUGGUUGACUUGAAUGACAAUCCUGCAGCCGUUGAUGCUCAUAUGUACAGGGUUAAAGUGUCAGAUAAAGAACAUGGACAACAUGGAUGGGUUCAUCUACGACAGAGUAUUCAUAUGCCUAAUAUUGCUGUAAAUAUGCAGUCGUCAGUGCUUGGAGGUUGUCAAUUGAUAACAAGAGUUCUUAGGGACAAAUUUCUCAUGGCAAGUGGAAUGGAUAAGAUCCUUGACAUUAGUCAGAUCAAUAAAUACGCGAAGAGUGGAUGUACAAGCUAACUAAUGUAAUCUUGAUUAGAUAUUAAAGAGACAUAUUUAUUUACGGUAAUAGUUUACAUAUAUUGCUUGUUUUGCAAUCAACAUCUAGGGCACUUGAAAAAUGUGUACAUUAAUAAAGAAUAUAAGUUACUACGAAAAUAGUAAUGCAUAAUACACAUUUGUUAGAAUUCUAGAAGAAAA